UCUCUCCUCCCACCCGGCGCUGGGACCUGGCCAGACGGGGAAUGCGCAAGCUCCGGCCCGGCCAGGCGGACGGCUUAGUUGCAUCCCCAUCAUGGCGCUCAAGCGGCGGGCGCUCCUUCUCCUGCUGUUGCUUCCCAUGUUCCGCUACAGAAUCUUGGCCGUAGAGCUGUUUUCCACUGACUUGAACCCCGUGGUGCAGGAAUUUUACCGUGCUGAGCUUUCCUGCAUCAUCACUUCCACCAAGACAGUCAAUCCUAGGAUUGAAUGGAAGAAAAUUGCGGGCAAGGACACAAGCUACGUGUAUUUUGAUCACAAGAUGCAGGGAGACUGGGUGGACCGUGCAGAGCUCCAUGGGAGGACAUCACUGAUCAUCCACAAUGUGACCCGGGCAGAUAAAGGCAUCUACCGGUGCGAGGUUGCGGCUCCUGAAGACACACAUAUUGGAGCUGAGAUCAACAUCAACCUGACAGUUCAUGUGAAACCAGUGGCCCCAAAGUGCCGAGUGCCCCAGUCAGUGCCCGUGGGUAAAUCUGCUACUCUCCACUGCCAGGAAAAGGAAGGCUUCCCCGAACCAACUUACAAAUGGUACCGUAAUGGUGAAACUUUGCCUCUUGACUCCAAAGCCAGCUCCAAAUUCCAGAAUUCCUCCUUCACUGUGAACACAAAAACGGGCACAUUGGUCUUCAGCGAAGUGCAAAAAGGAGACACGGGCCGUUACACCUGUAGAGCGACAAAUGCCGUGGGUGAUGCCUGGUGCGAGGAGAUGGAGAUGGAAGUCUAUGACCUUAACAUUGCUGGAAUUGUUGGAGGAGUCAUGGUGGUCCUGGCUGUCCUCUUGCUGACUACGGUGGGAAUCUGCUGCGCAUACAGGAAGGGAUUAUUUGUGAACAACAAACAAAAUGGAAAUAGCUACAAGACUCCAGCGAAGCCAGACGGCGUGAACUACAUCCGCACAGAUGAAGAGGGUGAUUUCAGGCACAAGUCCUCAUUUGUGAUAUGAAAUGGCAGAAGAAAUCUGGAUUUUGCUCAUCAGCAAGAAUGGAAUAUGGAUAGAACCUCCUUCUGGAACUCUUUAUGAAAGAGCAGAUAACAAAUGGCGUGUGCAUGGAUGCGCUUUAGAGGGAAACUGAACAAAUCACCCAUGCACACACACUCACACACGUGUGCAUACCUGAUUUUUAUUUUUUUGGCCAAAGUCAAGCGAUGAUUUCUUUCUUUCUUUUUAAAAAUAACCAAACCAAUCUCUUAUUCCCUGGAAAGUGCCAUGUAGAUCAGCACAGUCCAGACCCUGUGGACAAGGAAAGGACCUUUGGCAGGAGAAAUAACGAUUCCCUAAAA